AACUGGCCCAGGAAAUAAUUGGGGUGUUCCCUAGGCGGUGGAUCAGCACGAGACGAGGCGCCAAUCAACCGACGACAUAGGACGGCUGUACACGGAUUUAGGAGAGGAUUUAGAUCUGCCGUCAUGAUUUUAUAAAAAAUUUCGUGAACACCAGCGGCCAUUCUCCCACCAGCGGCCAUCCUCCCACCAGCGGCCAUCCUCCCACCAGCGGCCAUUCUCCCAACUGCGGCCAGUGUAAAGAGAUAACAGAUAUUUGCUGAGAGAGAUCUAGAACAUUCGCGAAAAUGUCGGGAGAUUCCGCUAGUUAUAUGUUUUCUACCAAGAAAAGCGCCUACCAUGACUCGUGCAUACCCAAACCAUUCGUACCCCCUCCAGAGCCGGCUAAAAACGCUAAGGACGCCGGGAAAUGUGACGUCAUCACACAGUCGGUCAUCUGGAAGGAGAGUGUCAAGGCUGAGCAAAGGUGUCUGAAAAACUGGGAGGCGAACUGGGGCUUCUUGGCUGACUAUGACACAAAGGGCAACGCCCGAGAGAAAGAAGAACUGCCUGAAAAGUCCAACAUGUUCAGUGACGUCAUCCCCAACACAAACUCUGGUAACUAUGGCAACCGACUGGGAAAAGAAAGCGGCCAAAUGGUUCAGGCACUAGAGACCAGGUUUUUCAGCGACAGCCGCAGACGGAAGUUGCCAGAAGAGAUGAUCUGCUACUAGUGUCAUGUCGUGUCGCUCAUGUCAUGUCAUUGAGUGACACGACUAAUAUGCCAAAGCUUUUCCUCAUAUCAAACCUGUGAUAUCAAAACCUAUCAAAACUUAUCAAAACCUAUCAAAACUUAUCAAAACCUAUCAAAACUUAUCAAAACCUAUCAAAACUUAUCAAAACCUAUUAAAACUUAUCAAAACCGAUCAAAACUUAUCAAAACCUAUCAAAACUUAUCAAAACCUACUAACUAAACCUACCUGCGAAUUAUUCAGACAUUGAUGUAAAUAAAAUGUAUAGACAAAUAUUUAUUGACAACUAAAGAAAAUGUGCUAGCAUUUACCCACACUCUAACUCUAACCCAAACUUAACUAGCGCGGCCGUCAUAGAGAAGAUGAAGAAGAAACAUUUAGCAAGAAAGCCUGACGUAACCAUGUGCAAAACUUGAAGCGGCUGCUCCUGAAGGUUUUUAUACUGCUGGCGACAUGGCACGCAAUCCAUGAGAAUAAUUCGUUGAAAAUUUUAAAACCAAACAUAUCACAUCGACAUACUACACAACACUAAAACCAAACAUUUCAUAUCUACAUACUGCACAAUUUAAAAACUGAAUUGAAUGUUUUCUGUUACUGUCUCAUAUUGUAUUUUUACACACAAUAAAAAAAAAACUUUU